UACCAAACUUAAGUUUAUUUUAUUUCUGUAUUGUUUUCAUAGAGCUGAUAGAAUAAACAUAAUUCAUAUUUUCUCAAUUAAUACAUGAUUCCAUUUAUCCAGUGUGUGUGUGUGUGUGUGUGUGUGUGUGUGUGUGUGUGUGUGUGUGUGUGUUUGGGCUUCAUAAGGAAACUAAUUUGUUCCUUUUUGAUGCAUUUAAUUAAUGAGACAUUUCUUUGUUUCUAAAAUCAUUUUUGAUUUUUUUCGGCUUCUCUCUUUAUACGACACGCAGGUUUCUUGUAACAAGGCAUCUGAACACUGUGGUGUCAGUUCUCCAACUUCAGCAUCUGAAGACUUCCUCCUCUGCUGAUGAAGAGAAACUGUCAAAGCUUCAGACGGUGUUCAGUCUUUCAGUGGCGUCGGUGUAAAUGAAGUCUGAUGUGAGGAGGUCGUCUGACGGAGAAGUGGGCGGAGCCUCCAGCCUGCUGAUGACAACAAAUGAGGGAAUCCUGCGCCUCAUAUUAACUGCUGCUGCUGCGCCGGAGGAGGAGAAGCUGCCGAGGAGGAGAUGUGAGCACAGACAGCAGCUCCAGCACCAACCGGUCCAGCAUCAACUGGUCCAGCACCAACCGGUCCAGCAUCAACUGGUCCAGUAUCAACUGGUCCCACAUCAGCAGGAAACAUGAGACCAGCACCUGAGCCUGACUUCAACGCCUCCAUCAGGCUCCGCCUCUGCGUCAACGCCUCCUGCCAGCCUGCGGUCGGGGCAGAAUGUCCCUACAGCACUGCUCAGCUGGUCCUCAUCGUCAUGGUAACCACCGGCCUCAGCCUCGUCACCGUGGUCGGCAACACGCUGGUGAUCCUGUCCAUCAAGGUGAACCGUCACCUGCGGACCGUCAACAACUACUUCCUGUUGAGCCUGGCGGUGGCCGACCUGAUUGUCGGCCUGCUCUCCAUGAACCUGUACACACUCUACCUGCUGUGGGGCCGGUGGCCCCUGGGGGCCGCGGUCUGUGACAUGUGGCUCGUUGUGGAUCAUGUGGUGAGCAACGCCUCCGUCAUGAACCUGCUGAUCAUCAGUCUGGAUCGUUACCUCUGUAUGACGUGGCCGCUCAGCUACCCGGCGCGGCGGACGGGCAGGAUGGCCGGUCUGAUGAUCGGAGGAGCCUGGCUGCUGUCCUUCGUCCUCUGGGCGCCCGCCAUCCUCUGCUGGCAGACGCUCGGCGGCAGACGUGUAGUCCCCGAUGGGGAGUGUUACACCCAGCUCCUCGCCAGCCCCGCCGUCACUUUGGGAACGACGCUUCCUUCCUUCUACCUGCCGGCGCUCGUAAUGAUUGGCCUGUACAGCCGCCUGUCCGCCGCCAGUCGCAGUCGAAUGAGUGCGCUCAGGUCAGAGCGAGGCACGCUCAGGACGUCCAGUCCGUCCGUUAAAGACUUCCUCUUGAAACGACGGAGCUGGGUGACUAGUGACCCAGGUUCAGACGUGUCCCUGAACCAAUCAGAUUCCAGCACUCCAAAGCCCAGAAGGAGCCAGAAAGUGUCCAGAAGUCCUGUGGACACGUCGGAGCCAACAGACGCCUGUCUGGCCCCCCGGCAGUGUCACCCACGGGCCGCUGCACGCCACCCCAGGAACCCAGACUACAACAAGAUUGAUAAUGACUCCUCGUCCAACACCGACCCCCACAGGACGGCCUCGGCAGCGUUCACCGCCUGUCCCAGCUUCAAGUCUCAGGAGAGACGGAGGCGGCGGGUGAUGGCGAGGGAGAGGAGGGUGACCAAGACCAUCCUGGCCAUCCUCCUGGCCUUCAUCCUCACCUGGACGCCGUACAACGUCCUGGCUGUCAUCGCUGCCUUCUGUCACGUCUGCAUCCCCAGCGUGCUGUGGACCACAGGGUACUGGCUCUGUUACAUCAACAGCGCCAUCAACCCCGGCUGCUACGCUCUGUGCAACGUCACCUUCAGAAAAACCUUCUGCAGCCUCCUGCACUGCAGCAGGAGGCUGCGAUGACACGACGCUCAGCUGACAUCAAAUCAGUGUAGAACAAAACAUCUGAUCCAGAACUGAC